AAAAUUAGGGCCAAAGUGUACCCAUAAAUCAACAAAGCCCAAAAUAGCAAAAUGGACUUCAAUUCUUGAUCCAAAUUACUGCUCAUUAGAUUUCCGCCCACUCCCUGAAUCCAUCGCCAUAGCUACUCCCCCUUUCCAUCAGCUGUGGACUCUCCGGCGAGCUCACCUGCGACUAUUUCUUUCUCCCGCAAAAUCAGAUUUCAUCAGCACAGGCCGCUCUUACUACUGCCUUGUCAAGCAUGGGGAAGACAAGCAAACGCGGAGAUGCAGCCGCUCGAGCUGAACGUAAAUUCGAAAAGAAGCUGGAGUUCUAUUCUAAGGUUAGACACACGGUUGCUUCGUUAGCUACACAGAAGACUAUUGCUAAGAAGAAGAAAGUAAGAAGCAGGCAAAAGAAAUUGAAGGCUUAUGACCUUUCUACGCUUACAGAGUUUCUCCCUGAAUUGAAAACCUCUCAGCAACCAAAACCAGCAAACUUCAAGUUGAAAAGUAAAAAUAGGAAAAAUUUAGUGUUGAAGGAAGGCAAUCAAUUACAAGCAGUUAUUAAUCAUCCUGCUUUCCAGUCAGAUCCAUUAGGUGCCAUUCAUCAACAUCUGCAAAGCACACAGCCUACUGUGGAUGAAAAGCCAAAAAGAAGGGAAAAUAGAAAAGGAAAAAAGAAAUCUAAAGCCAUAGCCGGGUUACAGUCUAUGGAGAUGUAAUGUGCUAUUGAAUUUUUUUGUUUCCUUUACUCUGCCUAAAUUUUGGUGUAUUGGCUUGUGUUCAUAAUGACUAAACUAGCAGCAAUUUACAGCUA